AACACAUCGCAACCCUCGAAUACGCAGUCUCGCAAGAAAAGGCGGGUCCUCCUGAAAUAUCAAGCCUCGUCAUACAUCUGCGCCUUUCCGCACAGACUGAUACACGCUUUGAUGUUGCGCUGCAUGACUCGGACAUGCAGAUCAAAGAUAAGGUACAGAACACGUGCAUUUCGCUCCCUGGAGAGCUUUCCCCAAUUCUGAUGGACAUCUCCUGGUUUGUUCGCGAGUUCGUCAUCAGAAGGUCAGCUAUCAAAGUGGAAACCAACUUCGGACUGUAGUUUUGGCCGUAGGAUAUGGGAACAGAUGCAAGAGGAGAAAUACCAUCAGCGUGUUUCACAGCAAGAGACUGCUGGUGGCACAGAUACCAGUAGAAUCCGAUGCUCUUUAUGCCCCGCUGGUCUUAUCCGCUGCAAAAGCUGUAAGGUUGUAUCGUGCCGGUCGGUCGAUUGCCGUGGAUCUUCCGAACCCCCACUCAUACGGUGCGCUAAGCAUUUAGACAAUGUAUUAUGCUUUCCGUGCCUCGAAGAGCAGGGAUCCAAGAGAGAGCUAGAGAAAUGUCCUGCGUGCAAAUCUUGGUGCUGUCCCAAGGAUAUAAGCGAGUGUAUCGGUCAUCCCGUUACCAUCCCUUCGCUUUCUCGCGCAUCCUCUCUUGAUCACUUUCAGCGUAUGAUGACUAUCUGCUCCCGAUCAGCUAAAGUUCACCCUCUCAAGUACGGUUCUUGCGGCCGAUGCAGGCUACGUGGCUGGCGGAGAUGCCCAGGUAACUUCUGUUGGUCAAAGCACAAUGAGAUCUGCCCGCAAUGCACCAGUGGUGGUAUCACGUGUGCGUGUCAGAAAGUGUGGGCAUGUGAUGUUUGCGCGGAGCACGAUAGCAGCAUCUUUAUCCGUUGUCCGCGCUGUGACAAGCCGUUCUGCACCUCUUGCACAUAUAUCGAUCAAUGCAAACGGUGCAACCGUACUACUCUCUGCUAUGAUUGCGCUGAAGAAACAUCGGAUGUGGAUGACUGCACCGAGGAUGCAUCUGACGGAGUAGAAAUGUUUGCUACACUCGCCGGAACAUGCGAAGGCUGCGGGGGGAAGGUGUGUAGUCGCUGCGCGCCGAUUAGAGCAUCGUGGUUUUCAUGCGCGGGGUGCUUGGUGAUGAAGAACCGUCGUACUGAACGUGCACAUGCCUAUUACCGCAACUGAUCUGAGCCAACAUGAUUGUAAUUCGCAGGUCGCUCCAUGUAUAUGAGAACAGAACGUUUGAUUCCGCGGAAGCAAUUCGCGUGACUCUCAUGGAUGUGCCCCAGCUGAGCUCCACCGUUCCCUGUCAGUGUUAUAUAAUUUGUGUAUGAUGCACCUCUUGUCAUAGCUUGCUGCUGUGUUGCUGGUAAUACGCCUCUGCGGCAGUCAGCCCUUUCCAUGCUGUCACCUCCUGUGAAGCGCGCAUCUUGUACAUACCGUAUUCUCAGGAAACCUAUUCCCUCAAAAUUG